CAGCUUCCGCCUUCAUGUCACAUGACUCUCAUUCCGCGGAGUCUCGCGGUGAGAGCUUAGCUCGUCGUUUAGAAGAAAACGGAUUUGCAAAUGGAGGUGAUAGAAGUGGUCUCUUUUUGAACAACCAAAAGGUACAGAUUUACCAUGUCUGAAUCUUUGUAUGAGAAGUUUUUGGCCCCGGAGGAGCCUUUCCCUCUCCUCUCCCAAAGGGCCAACCUGAGUGAUGUGGGAACUCUGGAUGUCAGCGAUUUUGGCUGUCAGCUAUCAUCGUGUCAUCGAACGGAUCCUCUGCAUCGGUUUCACAGUAACAGGUGGAACCUUACUUCCUGUGGUACCAGUGUUGCCAGCUCUGAGUGUAGCGAGGAGCUCUUCUCCUCCGUCUCUGUGGGGGAUCAGGACGACUGCUACUCCCUUCUGGACGACCAAGAACUCACAUCGCUGGAUUUGUUUCCCGAAGGCAGUGUUUGCAGUGACGUCUCCUCCUCUAUCAGCACAUACUGGGACUGGUCUGACAGUGAAUUUGAGUGGCAGUUACCAGGAAGUGACAUUGCAAGUGGCAGUGAUGUCCUCUCUGACAUAAUUCCAAGUGUGCCAAGUUCACCAUGUUUGUUUUCCAAGAGGAAGCCGAAGCCCCACCCUCAUCGCAACCUGGAUGAGCUGCCUUGGAGUGCCAUGACCAACGAUGAACAGGUGGAGUACAUCGAGUACCUGAGCCGGAAGGUCAGCACAGAGAUGGGCCUGAGAGAGCAGCUCGACAUCAUCAAGAUCAUUGACCCCUGUGCUCAGAUCUCUCCCACUGACAGCGAGUUUAUCAUCGAGCUCAACUGUCUCACUGAUGAGAAGCUCAAACAGGUGCGUAACUACAUCAGGGAGCACAGCCCCAGGCAGCGAGCCAGCAGCACCAGGGAGGGCUGGAAGAGGAGCAGCCACAGCAGUGCCAGUACAGGCGGCAUCAGCGGAGCCAGCAGCAGUAACGCCAGCAUGGUCAGCUCUGCCAGCUCCUCCACUGGAUCUACUGCCUCCAACUCUGUAGCAGGGGGUACAGCCUCUGCCUGUAGUGGGAGCAGUGUUGCCAAUAUUAGCAGAGCUCACAGUGAUGGAAAUCUUUCCAGUGCUGCAGAACGCAUACGAGACUCUAAAAAACGUUCAAAGCAGCGAAAGCUUCAGCAGAAAGCCCUCCGCAAGCGACAGCUCAAAGAGCAGCGGCAGGCCCGAAAGGAGCGACUGAGCGGGCUGUUUCUGAACGAGGAGGUGCUGUCGCUACGGGUGACGGAGGAGGACGAUCACGGAGACGACCUGGACAUACUGAUGUGACACCAGUGAAUCAAUCAGUGCUCCCUCUACGCCUGCUUUCACUCCACCUAGUCACUAGCAUAGAGCUUAUAGAACGCGCUAAUCCACAUCGCUGCAUGCGUUAGCUCCGCAUAUGCUAACAUGCUUAGAAUGCUUUUUGUAAGAACAAUGUGAUGGCCAGUAAUUGCUUCUUGCAGCAUAUAACUUAGCUCGACAUAUUGUUUGCUAAUACUAGUGUUACCUGCUGGUGUGUAAAUUGCUAAGUGCUGCAGUCACUACUGCUCUAGUCAAUGUAGCAGUGAUAAAACGCUGCUAAUGCUUUAAUAGCCACAGUCUCACCUGCUUACAGCCAGAGGUUAGCGCUGCAGCUCCUUAGAAGUUUGCAAAUGAAUUCACACUACUAAUGAUGAUUAUGGCAUCUUAAUGCAGGUAAUAAGAGGUUUGCUUAUAGAUGCUGUAAGAUCGUAUAUUCACUACUACCUGUACAACCAUGUCUAGCAGAAGGACAGAUCAGACGAGAGAGCUGGACUUUGGCUACAUUUUGCUUCAGUGGGAGCGAUGGCAAAGGCUUUAUUACCCACAGGGAGCUAGAUCCAAGCUUUUGAUGAUGAUGUAAUUUGAUCUGCUUACAAAUAUGUUCAUAAUCAGCAGGAUGAAUUGGUCUUGUCAGAUUUAAAGUGCUCAUACGUUUCUCCUUAACAGCCUCCUAAUUUCAUUUUGGUUUUUUACAAGAAAAAGCAUUUUAAUGUUCAAAAACUCUGAUUAUCUUUCCUCUGACCUUCUCCUGUCUCUUUAAGGCGCCCCCCUGUGGCGUUUCUCAGCAUUACGAUUUAGAUUCAGCUCCGUCUGCGUCCUACGAUUGAAGCUAAUGUUAAAGUUAGCCAUGUAUGCCACACAUUCUUUCACUUUUAAGUUCCUCUUAAAUAGAAACAUGCCCCAAAUCCUGGAACAGCUGCAGUCUUGUGUGAAAUAAGUCGGAUAUCUUUGCUUCUGGAACAUCAGGAUUUUCAGCAGUGCUCAGCUGAAAGAUUCGGCUGGUUCACAUUAAUGUACUUUAUGGAUUUUAUGGUUGUAUUUAAUGCUGCUUGGUGGAGCAUUAUAUCAUUGUGUAACUGGAGUGAAGAUUGGACUAAAACUAAUCCUUCAAGGCAGCUGAGCAGCAUUUUCCCUGGACUUUGAUCUUUUAUAGGUUUGAAUAAAAGAAGGCAGAUAACAGGCUAAAAGACACAGAGAUCCUUUAAGCAUAUUAUGGGCAGUUUAACAUGUCUGUAAACUUACUGUAAAUAUAAUCCCUCUCACACUGUGUCGACACAUUCUUGAUGCUGAAACUGCACAUCGAUGCGCUGAUUGUUAUCUUUAGGAGAAAACAUGAAUGCAAACUACGACUGUUUAGGUGUGGAAAGUGCAGCGAGCUGGUCUGUCUUUCUCUCUGCUGAGCUUUGUGGUCCCAUUUCACUUUUAAGGCUUAGAGGGAGCACUGAAACUCUGCAUGUUUCAAUCGUCACCCACAGCGAAUCCCCACGUUGACCAGAAACUAACAACUUGCAUCAUCGUUUGCAAACACCUGUUGAAAUAGCUUACCUGUGUUGUAAAUAAGCGAUCGGUACCAUCAUAUUUACUGCUUGUUUUCAAGGUUUCCUCGGUGAUAAAGUUUCUUUCCUUUUGAGUGUGUAUGUAAAUGAUGGACAUGGCAAACUAACUGCUCAUUGGGGCUUGAAUGCGUUGCUAGGUUGCCGCCGAUCCUUUCAGAUAUUUUUAGUCAUAUUUUGAUGUGUUUCGUUGUUUUCAUCACUUUUAUUUGCUCUUUUUUUUUUUUUUUGUUUUCUUGAACUCCUACUUGAAUGUUUGACCCUCAUUGUUUGAGCGAUUUUGGGAAUUGUGGACGUUUUAUAGGUUUUUAAAGACCACACUUUGCUCAGUGGCUGGUAUGGUUUUGGAGCUAUUCUUCAGCUUCUUAUUUGAGCCGUCAACGUGGUUUCCAGAGAUGUGCUCGCUUUGCUCUGAAGAUUCAAAUCCCAGACAAAGUGCUGAUGAAGCAGGACAGCGUUCUGUGGAGCUACUGGGAUGUUUUCUUCUUUUCUUUUUCUUGUUAACUUGUAGGAAAGAUUUUUUUUCUCCACAGCUUCUCGGCUGUAACCUGAUGAACCACUACAACUGUCGGCCUAAAAGCUGCCGUUUCUGAUACUUGAUGUGGACUGAGCCGCGGCUCUUGUUUCUGUCUUGUGUAUAAAAUAAUUACAGCAGUCAUGUCGGAGGAAAAACAGCUUUGUGUAUUCUGUAGCAAUGAAUUAGUAAAACUCUAUUUUGAAAAAUGACAUAAUUUUGAAAUAAAAAUAAAAUAAGUGAUGCAACAGAGUAACUUCAGCAGAUAAAAUGCCAUUAACUGCUGACAAUGAAUGAUAUUAAACUUACAAACAUACACAGGAUGUUUUGAAAGGGAAGCCCACUGUGGUGGUGGUAUAUUACGCAGGUGAAAAUGUUUUCAUUGGCUACUAAAGCAAAGAGUGGAUUUACAUGCGUUAACUCCUGAUUAACAUGAUUCUGGAACAGUGUUAUUGUGUUUGAACAACAGGGUUGAAGGGAGACUGAGCAGUUCACUCAACGCUUCCUGUUUAGUGUGAACUCGACAAAUAAACAUUCAGUGUUGCAUCUUU